AUGCCGACGCCGCCGGCGACGAAAACGGCGUGCUCGUACGCCUUGAACGGGAUCGUCGAGCCGUACGGCCCUUCGACCAGCAGCGGCACGUGCGCCUCGUGGUUGGGCCUGGUGGCUAUGUAUUCUGCCAGGGUUUUUGUGAGCCCCUGUUUGACACGGAUAAUCAGCACGAGCUGGUUGAAAUUCUCCUCUGCCGCAGACGAGACGAUUGUGAACGGGUCCGGAGUGGUUGAUUUCGACGCGGAUCGCGUGCGGGACCUGUUUGUACCCGUCUGCGUCCCGAACGGUCUCGAACAGCACUUUGCACCGGCCCAUGAGCACGCCGCCGCUGACGAGCACCUUGCCGAGGCGCAGCGCGUACUCUGCGGCCCAGAUACCGAACGACACCGCCACAUACUCUAUCCAGCCCAGCGUGAGACAGUGGUACCACACGCCAACGACAAACACCACGACAAGCAGCUUGUGCGACAUCUUGAACCACUCGUAGAAGGGCGCGCGGAAGAACGCCGCGAACGUGGCGAGCGUGACGGCCGAGAACGCGGCGUUGGCACAGCGCCAUUUCGUGAGCCCCCACCGCGCAAUGUAGUCGCCGCGGGUGUCCACGUAGAGCAGGUAGAACGCCGUGUGCAGCACGAUCAGCACAAACACCACGCGCGAGAGCCAGCGGUGGUACAUCUGGAACUCUCUGUAGGACGCGCCGGUCAGGACGAGCAGCGGGUUGUUGCGCGCAGCAAACAGGAAACAGAGCGGCAGCUGCGUGACGGCGAGGAUGCCGGUGCGGUCGGCGAUGUUGACCCAGCGCUGGCCCCUGGGGCACUUGAACACGCUGUUGGGCACGACGGUGCGGUAGUUGACGCAGCACAGCACGGCCACCAGCAGGAUGUACGCGGAGAUGGUGAGGACGUGGAUUCUGACGGGCAGGCGUUGCAGCAGGGCGCGGGCGGUGUUCUGGAGCCGCGCGAGCCGCGGCGCGCGUGGCUGCCAGGCCGGGCUCGGCGGCGACACCACGAGCGACGAGAUAAAAUGGCGGCGCGUCCACUUCGCAAGCUUGUGGUUGCAGACGCUCGAAAAAAUGUACGGGAAGCACCAUCGGCAGAUGUUGAAGAAAAACGCCCACGCAAAGACGCACCCCCAGUACGCGAGCAGCGCGUGGCCGUACGUGGUGGCGAGCUGGCGGUGGUGCAGCAGCGCGGCGACGCUCUGGUACGCGGUGUUGUACAUCGCGUCGUUGAACAUGAUGGGGUGGUGCAGCACGGUCAGGUUCGCCGUGGCAGAGUGGUCAAGGUAGUGCGCGGAGGCGUUCUCGGUCUGCCUGACGAAGUCGGUGAAGUUGUACUUGACCAGGGCCUGGUUCUCGCAAACGUCGAGCAUGUAGUCGUAGGCCCUGGUGAGCGUCGCGGAGUCGCUGCUGAACUUUUCGAUGCACAGCAGCACAGAGCCCAAAAACGCCGGACACCGGCACCGGCACCUGUACGCGAGGUCGUCGUCCUUGCAGUCGAAGCGGAAGUUGGUGGAGUUGUUGGCUAUGUAGAGACAGGUGGCUCCCUCGGGGCUGGAGAUGCCGCGCGCCAGAGCGCUGGCGGCCAGCAGCAGCGGCAGCAGCAAAAACAUGAAUAA